AUGGAUGUCAUCGAAGAUCUGAAUUUGGUUGUUUCACUAGCCAAUGGAGACUGGAAGGCUAAAGAAGAGAAAAUGAAGGUUUAUCAUCAGGCACUGGAUGUGCUAAUUCUGAGGUUCGAAAAAUUGACGUUCACACAUCUACUAAGAGAGAACAACCGGUUUGCUGAUAUGCUAGCAACUCUAUCCUCCGUGGUGGACAUCCCGUUCGGAGUGAAGAUGCACCCGAUCAUUAUUGAACAAAGGUAUACGCCAGCUUAUGAGACCAUCGCCGCAAUAAAUGAGGCUCAAGAUACGAGCCCCUGGUAUUAG